CAGCGGUACUCCCAUCCCUAACCCUGUGCAACAACAAAAUUCCAACGCAGCUAACGAAUUGCAAAAAAGUUCUAAAAUUAUCGUUAAAGUGUGCAACAAGAGCAAAAACGCGUUGUUUUUUAAAUCGUUUUUCGCAGUACGGUGUGGCCAACAAGUGAGCUUAUCUUUUCUGUUUGUGUGCGUUGAACACACACCAAACCAUUGCGUUUUUCGCGUCCCUUUCCCUCCCGUUUUCUUCCUCUUCCAUAACUGUGUCAAAUCAACAACAACUAAAUGCACAAAUUGAUAAGCAAUUUGAUUCAAUUUAAUCUCGUUUAAAUCAACUCAAAACCAGUGCAAGCGGCAACCAAAAAUAUAUUAAAAAUACUCAAUUUGUAAUCCAUAUAAAUAGAAUACCCUUGAGUGGAUUUGUGUGCGCCUAAUUAAUUCAACACUUCUUUUGGUUCCGCAUUUUUUGAAAUUAUAACGAAGUCAGCUAUUGAAAGCAAAAGCAACAAAAAAAAGCGGUUUUUGUUUGUUUUUCAAGCUCAACGAAAAAAAGUAGAAAAGAAAUCCGCUUCCAAUCAGCUGUUCCAAGCAGCUGCCUAAGUGCGAGUGAGACAGCCUACCUGCGCGCCAAAAUAAAACAACAACAACAGUGGCACCGUGGUUUAAGACCUAGCUAAAUUGUAUAAAUCAAUUUAAAUAGUAAAAUCAAAUUAAAUUAAAUUUACAUAGAUUUGUUAAGUUUUUAAAUCGUUUACACUUAAUACGCGUGUGUCUAAAAUAAGUGAAAAAUAAAAAAAUAGUGCAAAAUGAGUGAUGUUACAGGCGAUUCGGGCGGGCCAAGUGCCCCCCAACCAUCGCCAGUUACUCCGGAUCCGGACCCUGGAGUACCCACCUCAAAACUACCGGGUCCAACCCGAUCCAAUAUUCCCACGCCCGCUGCUUCAGGGACGGGGAUUCCCACGGCCACGCCCAUGCCCACGCCCGCUACUUCGGGGACCGGAAUCCCGCAGCCCAGCAAAAUAAAGGCACCAUCACAAUUCGGCUCGACGGGCUCCGUUUCCAAAAUCGGAAGACCAUGCUGCAAUCACACGACCCCUAAAUCGGGACCACCACCCAGAGACACCGCCAGCAUGAGUCGUGAAAGCGAUGACAAUUUAAGUUCGAUCAAUUCGGCUUAUACAGAUCACAACAGCGCCGUGCUGACAGCGAACACAGAGCAGUUCAUCAUUGGCCAGCGGGUGUGGCUCGGUGGCCUUCGUCCCGGACAGAUUGCCUACAUUGGCGAGACACACUUUGCACCCGGCGAAUGGGCCGGCGUUGUCCUGGAUGAACCUAAUGGCAAAAAUGAUGGCUGUGUGUCGGGCAAAAGGUACUUCCAGUGUGAGCCAAAACGCGGCAUUUUCUCACGCCUCACACGACUUACCACAUAUCCGAUGUCCGGAGCCCAGACGCCGACUUCCCCGUUGACCAAAAACUCCCCGGACAGAUCGCGCACAGUCUCCCCAACUGCGAGCAUUCGCAGCUCUAUGCUCCGCAGUCCCGGCAUUGGAGGCAAAAAUGGCAUGGCUGUGGGCGAUCGUGUGAUUGUCUCCUCUGGAUUUGGCAGUCGUCCGGGUAUUUUACGCUAUUUGGGCGAGACACAAUUCGCUCCUGGCAAUUGGUGCGGCGUGGAACUGGAUGAGCCUAGUGGCAAAAACGAUGGUGCUGUGGAUGAUAUAAGAUACUUCGAGUGCAAACCCAAAUACGGGGUGUUUGUACCCAUAGCGAAGGUUUCGCUGUCGCCGUCGUCGAAGAAAACGCGACUUUCGAGGACCGGAUCGCGGGAGUCCCUCACGUCGAUCGGCACCAUGAACAGCAUCGCCACCACGGCCACGUCGCGCAUGCGCAUGAAUGCUCAGCAGCGCAAGUCGAUCACGCCAGUAAAGCCUAUUUUAGCGACGCCGAAAAGCCAAUUUUCCAUGCAGGAUCUGCUGCGCGAGAAGCAACAGCAUGUGGAGCAGCUGAUGGUGGAGCGCGACUUGGACCGCGAGGAUGCCCAGAAUCAGGCGCUGCAGCUGCAGAAGAACAUCAACGAGGUAACUAUCUUCACCGAUACCAUGUACGCACCGCUGCCCUAUGCGGACAGGUCGCGACCCUAUCGACCCAGCAACAAGAAGUCAAGGGUUAAGAGUCCACAGCAAUCAAUCUGGGUGCCCACCACCCUGAGCAGCAGCAUUACGACCAGCACAAGACCAGCCAUAACAGCAGCAACAUACAGCAGACAGCCACUGCAGCAGCAGCAACAGCAACAGAUAUUGCAGACACAUCAGCAGCAGCAGCAGCAGCAGCAGCAACAACAUCAAAAGCAGCAGGCCAAGCCAAAGAAAGUUUGGUUUUGCGAUAAAAAGAAACUCUUUCCACUGAAGGCAAGAAUUGUUGAAUUGGAGUCGGCAUUGGGAGAUGAACGAAAGAAAUCGGAAGAGUUGCAAUUCUCCGUAGACGAGGCCCAGUUUUGUGGCGAUGAAAUAAAUGCUCAAUCGCAGGUCUACAAGGAAAAGAUACACGAUCUGGAGUCAAAAAUCACACAAUUGGUGUCCGCCUCGCCAAGUCUGCAGAGCAUACCAACACCUGCCCCGCCUUCAGAUGAUAGCGCCCUUAAGGAGGAGAUUGCCCAACUGCAGGAAAAGCUUAGCAUUCAGCAAAAGGAGACUGAGUCCCGUAUUGCCGAGCAGCUGGAGGAGGAGCAGCGGUUGAGGGAGAAUGUGAAGUACCUGCAGGAACAGAAUGCCACUCUUCAGUCUGAACUGGUGUCCAAGGAUGAGUCUCUGGAGAAAUUCUCCCUCUCGGAGUGUGGCAUUGAGAAUCUUCGCCGGGAACUGGCACUGCUCAAGGAGGAUAACGAAAAGCAAGCUGAGGAGGCUCAAGUUGUAUUCAAUCAAAAGCUGGCCGAAAAAUCCGAAGAGCUGAAGAAAGUCACCGCCGAGCUGCAGAGCAUGAAGGCAGCCUCAGAUUCUCUGGAAGGCGAAAGGGUUAACAAAAGCGAUGAAUACGAGAUUUUUCAGACCGAAGUUCGAAUUCGGGAUGAGCAACUCAAGGAGAUAGGUCAACAACUCGAUGAACUAACCACCCAAUUAAAUGUACAAAAAGCGGAAAAUUUGGCUCUGGAUGAUAUGCUUCGGCAGCAAAAGGCAGGAGGUGAUGAAAAAUCUUCUCUUUUAGAAAAAACCCUAGAGGAGCUUAAUCAAUUUAAAGAAGGCGCUGCGAAAAACCAGCAGGAAAAAGAAAACCUUGAAAAGCAAUUAACAGAAAUAAAGCAAUUGGCGGAACAAGAAAAACUAGUCAGGGAAAAGGCUGAAAAUGAAAUAAGUCAAUUUAAAUUAGAAAAACUAUCAAUAGAGCAGCAAUUGGUCUUAAAACAAACUGAACUUGAAAACUCCCAAAAGAAACAGUCAGAGACAGAGACAACUCUUCAGGAAAACAAGGAGGUCAAUACCCAAAAGGAUAUACAAAUAAAUGAAUUCAAGGAAUCACUUCAAAAACUGCAACAACAACUGGAGGAGAAAACCCAAGCCCAAGAAAAACUCUUAACUGAUCUGGAAGAACUGAAUAUAAAUCAGGAAAAGAUUUUAAGCCAAAAGACACAGGAACUUCAAGAACUCCAAGCAAAGUCGACUGAAACCGAAGGGGCUCUUAAGUCCACUCAAAACCAAUUAGAACAACUCCAGCAACAGGCAGCCGCAUCUGGAGAAGAGGGUUCCAAGAAUUUGGCCAAAUUGCAGGAAGAGAUCAGUCAGCUUAGGUCCCAGGCGGAGAAAACUCAGUCGGAUCUGAAAGCUAGCCAAUCGGAUGUGGAAGCCAAGACCAAACAACUGGAGUCAGCAAAUGGAAGCCUAGAGGAGGAUGCCAAACAGUUGGCCAAUCUGCAGGAACAGAUUGCCAAACUGAAGUCCCAAAUGGAGGAGACGCAGUCAGCUCUCUGCUCAUGCAAUACGGAUUUGGAAUCCAGAACGAAGCAAGUUGAGGCAGCCAAUGCGGCUUUGGAGAAAGUUAACAAGGACUAUGCUGAAUCCCGAGCGGAGGCUUCUCGCCUACAAGAUCAGGUGAAGGAGAUCACCGAUACUCUGCAUGCUGAGCUCCUGGCAGAACGAUCCUCUUCAAGCGACCUACACACAAAACUCUCCAAGUUCUCGGAGGAAUUAGCCACUGGUCAAAAGGAAUUGACCAGCAAAGCAGAUGAGUGGACUCAGGAAAUGUUGCAGAAGGAGAAAGAAUUGCAGGAGCUUCGACAGCAGCUGCAAGAUAGUCAAGAUUCGCAAACAAAAUUAAAAGCAGAGGGUGAAAGAAAAGAGAAGUCUCUGGAAGAAUCUAUUAAGGAUCUACAAGAACAAGUCGCUAAGGCCAAGGCGGAUAAUCAAGAGCUAAGCAGCGGCAAUCAGGAAACCAUUAAAGAUUUGCAAGAGCGUUUGGAAAUCUCCAAUGCCGAGAUCCAACACAAGGAGAAAAUGUCCGCCGAAGAUGCCCAGAAGAUAGCUGACCUUAAGACCCUUGUGGAAGCCAUCCAGGUGGCUAAUGCCAACAUAUCAGCCACCAAUGCAGAGCUCUCCACCGUCUUGGAAGUCCUUCAGGCGGAGAAAAGCGAAACAAAUCACAUAUUCGAGCUUUUCGAAAUGGAAGCGGAUAUGAAUUCCGAGCGGUUGAUUGAAAAACUCACCGGAAUGAAGGAGGAGCUAAAGGAAACGCAUCUUCAACUCGAUGAGCGACAGAAAAAGUUCGAGGAGUUGGAGUCCAAAUUAGAGCAAACCCAACAGAGUGAGCAGAGUUUGCAGCAAGAAUCCUUGGCUUCCAAAGAGCAACUAAAGGAACUUCAACAGUCAUUGGAUGAACUUCAAGAUUCCCUAAAGCAAAAAGAAGAAAUUGUCCUGAGUUUGGAGGGUAAACUAAAGGAAACGAGUUCCAUUAUUGAAGGUCAAAUUACUUCAACCCAGGAAGUACAAGUAAAACUAGAAGAAGCUCAAAGGAACGAAAAGAAUUUACUCGAAGAAAGUAGCAAAUUAAAUGAGCAACUACAAGAGUUUCAAAAGACUCAGUCGGAACUCUCAGAAUCCCUCAAGCAAAAAGAAGAACUUGUACAGAAUUUAGAAGAUAAAUUAAAAGAAAGCAAAACUCACUCAGAGACCCAAAGUAAUCUGUUGAAGGAAACCCAAGUUAAAUUGGAGGAGACCCAACAGCGCGAGAAAUCUUUGCAGGAAGAGGCUGCCAAACUAUCCAGUGAACUUCAACAAGUGCAGCAGGCCAAUGGAAAAGUUAAUGAUUCCCUCGUAAAAGUAGAAGGACUGUUGAAGGUUUUCGAGAAAAAACUCGAAGCAGCCCAUUCUCAUUUGGAAGUUCAACAAGCCACAAACAAAGAACUUCAGGAGUUGCUGGCCAAAGCGCAGGAGAGCGAAGGAAACCUUCAAGGAGAAUCUCUGGCAGUCACCGAGCAACUACGUCAACUCCAACAAGCCAAUGUUGAACUUCAGGAAUCACUGUUUAAAAAAGAGGAAAACCUUAAAAGUCUUGAAGCCAAACUUCAAGAAAGUAAUACUCUACUGGAAGACCGAAACAAGAGCCACAACGAACUCCAGGAUAAGUUGGAACAGGCCCAGCAAAAGGAGAGGAACCUGCAAGAGGAAUUCUCACAGUUAACUGAGCAACUAAGCCAACUAAAGCAAGCUAAUGACGAGCUCCAAAAGUCCCUUCAACAAAAACAAUCGCUUUUGGAAAAGGGCAACGAAUUCGACACGCAGCUGGCCGAGUACCAGAAAGUCAUCGAUGAAAUGGAUGAUUCGGCCUCCGCUAAGUCCAAGCUGCUGGAACAGCUUCAAAAUCGAGUUGUGGAACUGGAGGCCGCACUCCAACAAGCCAACGAAGCCCAAAAGACUGCCAAUCUGGAGACCAAGGAGCUGAGGCGCCAGCUGGAAUCGCUUGAACUGGAGAAGUCUAGGGAGAUUUUGAUCCUCAAGACGCAAAGGAAUGGAGCGGGUAGCCGGUCAGGAAAGGGAGAUGAACUGGAGUCACUGGACACCGAAACAAGUCUGGCCAAGAUCAACUUUCUGAACUCAAUCAUUGCGGAUAUGCAGCAAAAGAAUGAUGCACUCAAGUCCAAAGUGCAGACUCUGGAAACCGUGCCAAUUGAUUUUACCAAGCCAAAUGCCUUUGAUGUGCUGACCAAGCGAAAACCGGCGCCCAGACUUUUCUGCGACAUCUGCGAUGAGUUUGACAAGCACGAGACGGAGGACUGUCCAAUCCAGGCCAGCGAGGAUCGGGAUUACUCUCCGCCACCGUCCGAGGCCAAUAAUAACGAGAAGGAACGCAAGUUGCCAGCGCCCAGAAAAUACUGCGAUUCUUGCGAGGUCUUUGGCCACGACACGAGCGAAUGCGCCGAUGAUGAAACCUUUUAGGCCUAGUUAAAUUCUAAAUUAUUUUUCCAUUUUACUUUGUUUUUGACUCUUUAGCAUAACCGUAUGGCGAGAUCGAUCAGAUGAGAUAACUUGUACCUCAGCAGAGCUUCACUCAAUCACUAAAAAACCAACAUUCUCUAUUUAAAAUCGUGAUCUUGCGUUAUGCACACAUUCUUGGAUAGUAGUCUAUUUUAAAUUGUUUUUAUUUAUUUAAUGCGAUUUGUGGCAAACACAAUCGGUUGUUUUCGUAAUUUUUGAAUGUAAACAUAGUGUAAAAAUAAAAAAUAAGAAUGUGGAAGAAGA